AUGGUCCAUCCCAUCAUAUUGGAUGCUCUCAUACAGAUCACGCUACUGGCACAACAAGAAUCACUCACAAGCUUGAGGGUUCCGGUGAAAAUCUCAGAAUUCGAACUAGUUUCUAAUCUUUCCGAUAAUGUUGGCAAGAAUACUUGUGUCAGACAGUUCUGUGUCCAGGCAGGACUGAACUCCUCCACAGUGUUUAUUCAAGGAACAGAUUCAAAUUGGCGUGCCUUAGCAUCCAUGAGCAAUUUAAUCACGGUCAGCACAACCUCGAACGCGAUUCGACUAAUGGUUAAAGGAAAUAAUGAAACGACUGGGCAUAAGGAGAGUGACCAGCUGCUACCUCUCUUUGUCGAGGAGUGGACAAAAGAGGAUGAAGCUAUGAAUUCCAGUACCUCUACAUUUAUAACGGCAUGUGAGGCCAUCUCCAGGACUGCCGAAGAAAUUCAAGAGCAUAAGCGAAUUACUUCAUACAUCGCGGAUCACACGAAGGGAAAUUGCAUGUCAUCUCGGCUUAAAUCACCUGCUUUCCUGGCAAGGUUGCUUAAAUAUGCUGGGGAAGCAGGGCUAUUAACGGAAUAUUCCCCAACCGAAUACAUUGUAUUGCCUUACGCGGACUGUUUAACGGAGACGUCAUUGGAAAGUAAUCAUGAGAUUUUACGAGAGGAUUGGGCUUUCACAAAAUUUUACAUUUCUAAACUGGUCAGCAUUCUUCAAGAGCCGGAUUUAAUUCUUCCCCAUCUCUUCCCCCCAUCCUUACCGUCGUUGGAUCAACCCAAUGAAAUUUUUGCUACCCAAACUUCCGACAAUAUUAAUUUUUCGGCCGAGCGGUUGUACACAUCUACAGUAUGUUACAAUCUUAUCGAAAACUUUAUUGCCGUGUUUGCUUCUUUUCCAAAAGACAAAACUAAGCGACUCCGUAUUCUGGAAGUGGGGGCAGGCACUGGCUCCACGACUCGCGAAGUGCUUCACCACCUUCAAGAUUCUUCAUCCACUUACACCUUCACAGAUGUCUCAAGUAGCUUACUAAAUCGGGCCGAAGAUUCUCUACCGCAUGUUCCAGGGGUACAAGUGGACUUCUGUGUCCUGGAUUUGGAGAAAGACGUUCUCAAUCAAGGAUUCGCGAAGGAGGCCUUUGACAUUAUUAUUGCCAUUAACGUGUUGCAUGCAACCACCAACCUAGACAAAGUCGUUGGAAAUCUACGAAUGUUACUUAGCCCGGAAGGUCAUAUACUCAUCGCCGAACAGUUUCAGCCCUCUGCAUUUACUGAUAUCAUAUUCGGCCAUUGCAAGGGAUACUGGCUUUUCCAAGACGAUAUCCGGUCAGACCACUGUUUAAUCGGUGGGGACACGUGGAAGACAGUUCUUCAGUCCAAUGGAUAUGGGGAAGUAUCAAUUGUGGAAAAUACCGAUUUCAAAUUCGUCAUAAUUAUCGCCAAGAACAAGGAUAUCUCACCACCACCUUACAUUGUUAUUUCUACACGUGACAAGGAUGAGCUUGCGAACCAACUUGUAGCUUCAAAUAAAGAAUAUGCGACAUUACGCAAGAUUAGUGAUCUACCAAUUUCAAUUCAAUCGGAAGAUAAAAUUUUGACAUCGGUUGGAAGGGUUAAAGUCAUACUCGUGAGUCAUGGUCUUAUUCCCGUGGGCGAUCAGGAAGCCCGUUAUCCAGUUGCUGGUCCAUUCCGUGGUUUUUCGAGAUCUCUGGCCAACGAAAUUCUGCAACUGGACAUUACCUGGGUGGACCUGGAUCCCGAUGAAGCCACCCUGCAACAUGUUCAGGAGCUAGUGGCGGAAAUAAAUAAUAGAGGAACACAACGUGGUCGUAGUCAGGCCCCAUUUGUAACCUAUCGAAGGGGAUUUCGCUAUGUAGGAAGACUAGUUCCUCUCGAAUCCCCUUAUCCAAUGCUUACAUUGCCGCAAGGAUAUCCUGCUCAACUAAGACUACCAGAAUCUUGUGCUAUGGAAGACUUACAAUGGGAUGAUUCCCUCGCAAGCGUGGGGGCUGAGCCCUUGGCUGAAAACCAGAUUCAAAUCCGGGUUCAAGCAUCAGGCCUGAAUUUCAAGGAUAUUUCAAACAUCCUGAAGCCAACCGUAGAAUUUGCGUCAGCGUCAUCCAUUGGGGCAGACAUUUGCGGAGAAGUCAUCCGAGUGGGAUCGGCGGUUCGUGACUUACAUGUUGGUGCAAACGUUGUUCUAGCAAUGAAUAUGGAGCUAGCUCCACUUCCAAACGUUGUUCAAAUUAACUCAUCUCAUGUGGCCUUACUCCCCGAAAAGCUGACAUAUCUGGAGGGAGCCACUUUACCGACCGCGUUUUACACCGCGUAUCACUCACUUAUUACAGUCGGUAAAUUGAGUCGUGGGGAAUGGGUCUUGAUCCACACCGCAUCUGGGGGUGUUGGCCUUGUUGCAGUUCAAAUUGCGCUUGCAGUUGGAGCUAAUAUAGUGUGCACCGCUGGUAGCCGAAGGAAAAGGGCAUAUUUAACCAACGUACUAGGAUUGACAAAUGUGACAAGCAGCAGAGAUGUUUCCUGUUUUAUUGCCGGGGUUCAGAAGGCAAUAAAAGACUCUGGGGUCCAUAUCGUCCUCAACUCACUCACGUCAAAUGGUUGGAAAGAGGCGUCGAUGUCAGUGACUAGAAAAGGAGGCAGAUUCGUAGAGAUGAGCAAAUUAAAUAUUUGGAGCCACACGGAGGUUGAACACCUACGACCAGAUGUUACAUACUCGGUUGUAGACCUUAGUAUUCUAGACGAAGCCCGUACGAUCUACUUAGCACAUGAAUUGCAAAGCUGGCUGGGCAGCGGCAAACUGAAGCCAAUAUCUUACUCUGUCUUUGAACCACCAGCCAUAAUUUCUGCCGUUGAACACCUACAAAAGGCAGUACACAUAGGAAAAGUAGUCAUUAGGUGGACAAAAGAUAUCUUUAAUGACCAAAGCACAUAUUUGAUUACCGGAGGAUGCGGCGAGCUAGGAAUUGAGCUGGCUAAAUUAAUGUUACUGAACGGAGCGAAGCAUCUGGUCCUAGUGAGCAGACGUCAUGGUGGGCAGGAAGCCGUACUCUCCAAAUUGAGGCAACGUGAUGGGCAUUGCCAUAAUGCUAAGGACGAGUUUGCCGGAGUUGUCGUGGAAUAUGGUGAUAUUUCAACAUCUGCCGGUGUGAAUGAAAUAAUUAAAAAAAUUACUUCCAGAGGCAUGCCGCCACUUAGGGGUAUUUUUCACGCGGCUGGAGUUCUUUCGGAUGCAACGAUCCCAAAUAUGACGAUGGAAAAAAUGGAUUUAGUAUGGGCGGGAAAGGCAGGAGGCGCAUGGGCUCUUCAUGCAGCAACGUCUGGCUUGAAUCUAGAGCACUUUGUGCUUUACUCAUCUGCCAGUUGGGUUCUUGGUGGGCCUGGACAAACAAAUUCUUCAGCUGCUAAUGAUUCACUCGCAUCCCUUGCUGACUAUAGGCAUCGUCUUGGACUGAAGGCAACAAGCAUCGCCUGGGGUCAGUGGGGCGAGAUUGGAAUGGUUGGUGGUUGGGAGAGGACUGUUUUUGCAGUGAAACCGUUUUCAACCGCACGUGGGAUCAAUACGAUGAUUCAUAUUCUCCGAAACGCAAUCCAAAUUGGGAACAAUGUUAUGGCUGCCGAACUGAGCGACGACGUGAAAUCAUCGUGGUUCCGAAACUACUUUAAAACUAAUGACAAUAUCGAGGCAGCAGAUUUGAAAACCGCUGACGUGCAAAAUCAUGACCAUCUUGGAUCGGAGAGUUUAGAUGAAGUUGUAGUUAAUCUCUUAUCUAAAAUGUUACGUAUUCGUGAUCACACUAAGCUCCAACGGGCCGUAUUGACCGAUGUUGGGAUGGACUCGUUAAUGCGAAUUGAGCUAAAAAACAAACUCCAUACACUGUAUGGCGUCGUUGUGGAGGUGUCUGAGAAUGAUACCUUAUCAGAAAUUACCCAGAGUUUAACGAAAGCCGUUGGUAAGCCUUCAAAGUAA